AUGAAGCUCGUCUCUCUCCUUGCUCUCCCCGGCGCUGCCUACGCCGCCGUCCAGGGUUUCGACAUCUCCCACUACCAGCCCGAUGUCGACUACUCUGGUGCUUAUGCCUCCGGCGCCCGCUUCGUCAUGAUCAAGGCCACCGAGGGCACCACCUACACCGACCCUGCCUUCAGCAAGCACUACACCGGCGCCACUGAUGCCAAGCUCAUCCGUGGCGGAUACCACUUCGCCCAGCCCGGCUCCAGCUCCGGCAAGGCCCAGGCCGAGUACUUCGUCGCCCACGGUGGCGGCUGGACUGGCGAUGGCCAGACCCUGCCGGGCAUGCUCGAUCUCGAGGCCGGCUGCUACGGCCUCUCCACGUCCGCCAUGUCCUCCUGGAUCCAGGAGUUUGGCGAGACCUACAAGGCUGCCGCGGGUCGCUACCCCAUGAUCUACACCACCACUAGCUGGUGGACCGAGUGCACCGGUAACAACGGGGACUUUGGACAGUACCCUCUUGUCCUUGCCCGCUGGAGUGACUCUCCUGGUAGCCCUCCUAAGGGAUGGGAGACGCACUCGUUCUGGCAGAAUGCCGACACUUACAAGUUUGGUGGUGACUCUGAGGUCUGGAAUGGCAGUGAGGAGAGCCUGAAGAAGUUUGCUUCUUCUUAA